GCUGGAGCCGGCAGUCUGGCGAGGAAGGGGGAAAUGGAAGGGAACAAACGGCUCAUGCAGGUCAUCCACGAAAUGCGCUCUGAGAUCAUCAAGCUAGAGAGAGAAAACAGAGCCCUCCGCGGGGAGCUUCAAUUCAGCGGGCAGAAGGGAGCAAAGCGAGAGGAAGGAGCUGGAGAAGAAGCCUCCCGGAAGGAUGAAGGCUGGAGCCUCACUGACUCAACCGAAGAGCCCACUGGCUCUCCAGUGGCUCUGCGCAGGAAUGUCUCGGCUGGCUCAGGUCUGACACUACAGGAGCAGAAAGGUAACAUUAUGACUGUCAGGCGUUAUUCCAUCUCUUCAUCUGUGCCUUCACUUUCUGGCAACAAGCACCACAAACCUGACAAGAGGAAUCCAUUCAAGGGAGCCCUUGAAGUCAAGGGGAUAAUCAAACCACCAGCCUUCUCCACAGAUGUGCAACUAAUCAACAAAGAAGAGGAAGGGUUUGCAAAAAUCACAUCCGAUUGCCUCUCCAGCAAUACAUCAAAUAAAAGGAGAUCUUUCCAAGAUCAUGUUUAUAAAUGCAGGGGAAAAGUAAAGGCUGUCAGUUUCUUGUUACCAGUGGACAUGUCACCUUAUUCAGAAAAUCAAGGCUCUUUCAUGUGCCCCCAAAAUCAGAGCACAAAACAGUUAAGCACCAUUAUUGAAAAGGACAUGUGAGCUGGUGAAUAUUUAAAGGGCCAUCGCUGACUCUAGAUAUAAGCUAGCCUGAAGUGAUAGCCUGCCUAAGGGUUACAUUUCAGCAAAGUGCUUUGGCAGAAUGCCUUCAGAGAACCAACGAGGCAGUGUUUCAGGUCACGGGUCGAUUGUUUAGGACAGAAAUAAACCCUGGGACAGAGGCCACCAAAAGCCUGUGCAAUGAGUGUUGAAACCCAGUGAUAACAAAUACCUCUUCAUUGUAAAUUUUUGUAAACUCCAUGGUUUAAUCUCAAGGACUGCAUUAAAGAGAAUUUAAUAUAGCAGUUUUCUCUGUGGGCUUCUUAAGAGUGUUCAGCCUCAGUAUAACUUAUUCUCUUUAUUACUCAAGCUGCCAGAAAUGGAGAAACUUGUAAAGAAUAUGAGAGGUUGCCUGUUUAUGAAGCUGUAAAGGGGCUUCCCCAGCUUAAUGCCCUUCAGAUGUUUGGGACUUCAACUCCCAUCAGACCCAAUCGGCAGGGCUAAUGGUCAGGAAUGCUGGAAAUUGUACUCCAAAAUACCUGAAGGGCACCAGGUUGGGUAUGUGAAAGAAUACAGGAGCAGAUCUUUCUAUUGUCUAAAAAUUGUGGUCAGGUCUAUUUGCAUUUAGCCUCUGGCAAUAUUCUGACAAAUGACUGAAAAGAAUACACAUUAAAAUAGAGUGGAUUUUCAGUUUUCACUAUGAACGUUAUUCAGAAUACAUGCAUGUAGCUCAUGUAUCAUGGGCUAGAUCCAGACAGUCAUACUUUGAGUAAACCCAUUGAAUUAAGUGGGACAUUAGUCAUGACUAACUUCACUCUCAUUGAUUUCAGUGGGUGUACUCUGACUAUGUUUAGAUCCAACCCCAUAUGUACUAACCUCAAAAUACCUUUCAUUCAUGAGAAUAAGAACUAGUGAACACAUUAGAUGAGUUGACUGAUGUAUGCAUUUAGCUGCUCAUUCUGUUGAUCUGUUAAUAACAACAAACAAUAAAUUGGCUUCUAUG